UUUCCACUGACGGAGAAGGCGGAGCGGCGGGCGGAGCCGGGCACAGCCAGUCUCCCGCCGCCACCGCCGUCACCGCCGCCGCCACCGCCGCUGCCGGACGCGCGGAGCCACCGAGCCGCAGAGCCAGGCGGGCGGGCGGGCGGGCGGGCAGGCGUUCGGAUCCGCCGCCGGCCCCGAGAGCCGGGCGCACGGGCCGCGUCCUCCGCCCGGGACCGGACGGCGCCGAGCGAGCGCCGGCGGUGUCCUUGGAGCCCGGGAGUUGGCGGUCAGGCGGAGGACAGACGCUCCGCUCACCGGGAGUUGGUCACCCCAGCCUCUGAAAUCUCCCCCUGCACCGCCAUGAAGAGGAAACUGGACCAGUUAGAGGAAGACGGGGACCCUUCAUCCUGCUCUUCCUCCUCUUCCUCCUCCGGCUGCGUCUCUCUCCGUUCCUGCUCCUCGACGUCUUCCAUCUCCCCUGUCUGGGACUCCGACGAGGAGGGGCCAUGGGUUCGGGGACCCCAGCCGGAUCGGGAUGUGUGCAGCCCCAAAAGUUUCACCCCUCUCUCCAUCCUCAAGCGGACUCCCCAGAAACGCACGGGCCGGGUGGCCUUUGAUGGCGUCACCGUCUUCUACUUCCCCCGGUGCCAGGGUUUCACCAGCGUGCCCAGCCGGGGCGGCUGCACCCUGGGCAUGGCGUCCCGCCACCACGCCUCCCGCCGCUUCUCCUUGGCCGAGUUCACCCACGAGCAAGCUCGGGUGCGGCGGGAGAAGCUCCGCCAGCGACUGAGGGAAGAAAAGCUGGAGGCGCAGAGGCAGAAGCUGUCCGCAGCCGGUGCGUCGUCGGAGGAAGGCUCGAACCCGCAGCCGGCGCCGGACGCGGUGGACGAGGCGUGGCUGGAGGAGGCCCUGGCGGCGGCGGUGGCGGGCGGCCGGCUGGAGGAGGAGGUCUUCCUGCAGGCGCACCCGGCCCGCCGGCGCCGGGCCCUGCUGCGGGCGGCCGGGGUGCGCAGGAUCGACCGCGAGGAGAAGCGCGAGCUGCGCGCCCUGCGCCGCGCCCGCGAGGACUGCGGCUGCCGCUGCGCGCGCGCCUGCGACCCCGAGACCUGCAGCUGCAGCCGCGCCGGCAUCCGGUGCCAGAUGGACCACACGUCCUUCCCCUGCGGCUGUUCCAAGGAGGGCUGCGCCAACCCCGAGGGCCGCGUGGAGUUCAACCAGGCCCGGGUUCAGACUCACUUCGUCCACACCCUGGCCCGGCUCCAGCUCGAGCGAGCCCGGGGGGCCUUGGGGGAGACGGAGACCCCCGAUGGCGGCCACCCCCCCGGCGCUGAGGAGCCGGCCGCCCUUCUCCCUCCGUUCCUGGGGGGCAGCAGCAGCAGCAACAACGAUGUCGGGGACCACAGUUGCAGCAGCAGCGACAUGACGGAUUCCUCCACCGCCUCCUCUUUCUCCUCCAGCAUGGGGGAGCCCCAGGACGAGCACCCCAACCUUUCUCCGGCCCUUCCUGCCUCCAGCUUCCAACCCGGCGUGGACCCCGAGCUGUGGGGGGAGGAAGAGGAGGAAGAGGAAAUCACCCACCCAGACCGUUUGGAUCACCUCAGCUACUUCCACCUAUCUGAUGUCUUCGAGGCUGGCAGCGCCAGUGGCCACUGGACCCACAGCUACACGGGUUCGAAUCUCCCCUCGGGGAUCUUGGAUGAAAAUGCCAAUCUGGACGCCGCCAGCUUCCUCCUCCACGGCGGCGGCGGGUCCAGCGGUUUGGGGGACGAUCCUCGCCCGCCUGGGGCUCCCACACCAUCCGCCAUGGACGACGCCCCCCAGAGCCCCACGGCCCAGCUCGGCUGUGACUCGCUGGGGUGGCUACAGACGCUGCCCGAUUACAGCUUGGGGCCUCAUUAUCCGUCCCCCAAAAUGCCCGACGGCCCGGAAUGCCUCCACGGGGCCCCGCCUGGCUGCUCUCCAUCCGGGGACUUGAGCCAUAGCUUUCUAGAAUCGCUCCUGGGCUUCUCUGAGCCGGCCACAGACGCUACGUCGCCAUUCGGGGACAGUCAGUUUGAGAACGGGAGUGCCACCCCAUCGCUGGUGGAGCCGGUGCCCGUGUGAGGCCGUUCCUUGGGGGAUCCCCGCCCCCCCCCCACUUCCCAAAGCCCUGUUGCUGCUUUAUUUUGUGAUUUGGGGCACCCGGCCCCCCCACCCCCCCUCCCAACAAGAUCAUCUAUCAUUCAUUGGCUUAGCCAUUGGUGUCCUGUUUUGUUUUUUUUUUUAACCUAAUCAUUUCCUUAAAAUAAUUUAUUUUGU